GCGGGGAAGCGGCGGGUGGUGGCUGCUUGCUCGGCCGCCCGCCGCCUGGUCGGUACCUCCUCGCUUCGUGUCCCGGCUCCAGGCAGCCAAGAGGCGGUGGCGGCGGCGUAGUAGUAGUAGCGGCGGCGGCUAUCCGAGGAAUGCGCUGAAGAUGGCGGCCGGCCGGAGAGCGCCCAAGAGCGGCUUGCUGGAGCUGCGAGCGCCGGGCGAGCAGUGGCUGCGGGUCCUGGUCACUCUUUCCGAGGACUUCUUGAGCGUCAGUCCCAGCGGCAAGGGCGCCGAGGAGCCGCUGCAGCCACCGCCCAGCCCGGUGCAACUGAAUGGCGGCGAGCCGUGCGCCCUCGUCCCGGACUCGCUCACCAACAUCAAGCGCACCGUGCGGAUCGUGAAGCAGGACGUGGGGGGGCUCGGUAUCAGCAUCAAAGGUGGUCGAGAGAAUAAAAUGCCCAUCCUGAUCUCCAAGAUUUUUAAGGGGCUAGCUGCAGAUCAGACUGAGGCACUGUUUGUAGGAGAUGCCAUUCUUUCUGUCAAUGGUGCUGACCUCUCUGAUGCAACACAUGAUGAGGCAGUGCAGGCCCUGAAGAAGACUGGCAAGGAAGUGGUAUUGGAAGUCAAGUACAUGAAGGAGAUUUCUCCCUAUUUUAAAAACUCCUCAAGUGGCGCAACUGUAAGUUGGGACUCUUCACCAGCCUUUCAAAAGCAAGCUUCUCCUGCCCUCUCCCUCCGAGACCUCAAGGAAGGGAGGAAUGUCCCCUUAAAAAUGUGCUACGUAUCAAGGAAAUGUCUACCCAGUGAUCCAGAAAACAGAUACCUCGAAGUAUGCUCAGCAGAUGGACAGAUUCCCUUGUUUCUUCGAGCGAAGGAUGAAGCGUCUGCCCAGGCGUGGUUCAGCGCCAUUCACACCAACAUCGGUGCCCUGUUGCCAAGAGUCAAAGAGGAGCUGAGGGCUUUGCAGUCUGGAGUUACCAUUGCAGGAAGCAGAGACAUCAAGCACAUUGGCUGGCUCACUGAGCAGCUCCCCGGAGAUGGGACGAAGAACAUCCUUGCCAUCCUCACAGAGAAGGAGCUCCUCUUCUAUAGCAGUUUCCCACAAAGCAGAGAUGCCCUGAAUAAGCCAACACACAGUUUCCCUCUCAUCGCCACCAGGCUUGUGCACUCCGGCCCAUCCAAGGGCUCUCUUCUCUACGAUUCAGAACUCUCCUUUGCUUUGCGGACUGGAACCAAGAAGGGUGUGGAGACGCACCUGUUCAGUGUGGAGACGCACCGAGACCUCGCCACGUGGACAAGGAUGCUGGUGGAUGGAUGCCACAAUGCAGCCGAGUGUGUCCAGGAAGUGUCAACAGCGUGCACCUGGAAUGGGAGGGACUGCACCUUGUCCAUCCACAUCGAGAAGGGCUUCACCAUCUCCACCCUGGAGCCAGGCCUUACCAAAGUCAUCCUGCUGCAGCAACCUUUUGAGAAGCUGCAGAUGUCCUCGGACGACGGGGCCAAGAUGCUUUACUUGGACUUUGGCAGCUCAGAAGGAGAGAUUCAACUAGAUCUUCAUUCCUGUCCCAAAACCAUUGUCUUCAUCAUCCACUCAUUCCUCUCUGCCAAAGUGACCCGGCUGGGGUUGCUGGCAUAGGGACAUGGAGCAAAAUCUGGAGAGAGCCAAGACUUCAUGUGAUCUAUGCACUAUGGCAAUACCUUCAUGGCAAAAGCAAGAUUUUCAGAUGCCGUUUCAGACUGGAGCAAGGACAACUGGUGUUAUGCGUCCACAGCCAAAGGAAACCGUUAGACCUCCAGGACAACUGAUGGAAACAAAUGGAUGGACAACUAUCUCAGCAUGCCAAUCCCAGGACUGGAUAGCCCAUGCAAUAAGAUGUCCUUAUAAACUUGCCCAUCAGCACAUGAUAUCCCUAAAAACAUUACAAGCUUGGAAAAUGGGAUGUCUGAAGAUGUCAUACCAACCCAGUUCUGCCGUCACAUUAGUGCCUUGAAGAUAUAUUGAUAUAUAUAUAUAUAAAUCUGUUUGUAUCAAGGUUUUAUAUUUAUAUAGCUCAGUUCAUGAACCUUAAAGUGAUGCUGACUUGGUAGGUUUGCUCUGCUUUUUCAACAUCAUUUUAGACACAGGCUGCAAACCUGUGCACAACCUUCUUGGGAGUAAUGGCCAUUGAACACAGUGGGAUGUACUUCUAAGUAAACAUGUAUUAAGUUGAUCUGAAAUGUGGUAAAUUAAGCCAGAUCUUUUCAUUAUCAUGAGAGCUGGAGAAUUCUUAAACCAUUUCUCUUACAUGCAGCAGACAUAAACUGAAAAGUGAGUAAAAUGGAUUUGCUGAGUUAUCCAAACUUUGGAGAUAGUUACAGAAGCCAUAUUUGUAAAAAGGCACUUGUUUUGAAAAGAUCAGGAUAAUGGUUUUAUUUUUAUGCUUACUCUUGCCCCUCAUUUUUUCUUUCUCAGAUGUAUGUCAUAUCUGGAGGUGCUCUUGACCAGGGGAAACAAUUAGUUUUACGAGCUAAAAAUAAUGCAUGAAAUUACCUUUUAUUUUGUUUUCCUUUUUUGUGAAAAUAAAUACAGAUUACUAAAGAUAAC